AUGAAGAGCACACUCCGUCCAGAAGCACACAAAGUCGUGACCGACCUCCAAAACCGCGGGCUCACAGUCCACAUCGUCAGCGGCGACAACGUCUCUGCAGUCGAGCACGUCGCUACCACACUUGGUAUCCCGCACGAGAACAUUGCCGCCGGCAAGACACCAGCUGAAAAAUGUGACUACGUCAAAGCCCUCCGCGACGCUGGCAAAACGACUCUCUUCUGCGGCGACGGCACUAACGACGCCGUCGCCGUCGCUGCUGCAGAUGUAGGCGUCCAGCUGGAGGCCAGCAGUAGUGCUGGUGGCUCUGCGUCGGACGUCACUCGUGCCACUGCUGAUGUUGUUCUGCUCGGUAGUCUGGAGGGUGUGCCACGACUGUUGGACGUUAGUAAGGCAGCUUACCGAAGGAUCGUGUUCAACUUUGUCUGGUCCGCCGUGUAUAACGUACUGGCGGUGCUAUUGGCGGGUGGAGCGUUUGUGAAGGUCAGGAUCCCACCGGCCUACGCAGGCUUGGGGGAGAUUGUGAGUAUCGCGCCGGUGAUUGUUGCGGCUAUGAGUAUGACUUGGUGGAAGGGAUGGAGAAAGGGAAAGCGGGAGUGA